AUGAAGUGUAAUCAUUCCUGGCAGGUGCACGAAUUUCAUCUGUAGUGCGUGAAAACCCUGCUGUAUUUCACUCCGUUCUUGCUGAUCUCAAGGUAUACGCAAUCGAGAUGACCGCUGGAUCGGUUGCCGUGCCAACCAUUGUGCCACUUCGUCCUCCCAUCUCUGGUAAACCAAAAUCCUCCAUUGACACCAACACAUUAAUUGAACUCAGUUCUGAUACAAAAAAUGUGGAUGUCUACUUCACAACCAAUGGAUCCAAACCAGAUCCAUUUCAGCCUCACAGCCUGAAUGGCAAAUUCACCAUUAAGUACAAAAAACCUUUUAGAUUGCCCGAGGGGAAAAGGACUGUGAAAGCUAUCGGUGUGACGAAGGAUGGUGUUCGUGAGAGCCAUGUCAUGACGAAAACAUUUGAUGUAACCUACAUUGAACCUGACCCAGAAGCUGAACCAGAUGAUGGGAUGAACUUUGUCCAUGAAAUGAAUGGUGGGCCACAGUUCAAUGCCAGGAAACAUGCCAAGACUCUGAUGACCAAGCUCCUGGAGAGCAACCAGGCAUGGACAGACAAAAAAUCCAACUCAAGGAACCAGUUUUUGGAUAACCGUGCAAAAUCUCCAUCUCAAAAUGCAACAUACGGUGACACGAAUGUGUAUGAUAGUCUGGUUGAGCCAGGGGCUGAAGAGAUUGACCCAUACAUGAAGAAGAAGCGAGUACCUGAUACGGCCACACAGGCUCUCAGGUUACAGAGGGAGACAGAUUUCCUGAAGUGUAUAUAUUGUUAUGCGCCACGUCCUACAGACCCCUAUGCUAGAUUCUGUAAUACAUGUGGCAAUGCUGUUCCACCCCUACCUCAGACAAGGAUGCCUCCACCGGAACCUGGCACGGUGGGCAUGUGUGUACAUUGUAAAGCUGUCAUUCCGUCCAACGUUUCCAAUUGCCUUGUUUGUGAGGCUCCUAUGGCACCUCAGAACCAGCCCAUGGCUACAUAUAAGUGCAAGGACAAGAUUCUUUGCAACAUGUGUGGAACCAGGAAUCCUUCCCAGUUGACAUCAUGUAUAACUUGUGAGGCUAAAUUACCGGUCAAUGCCAAGCCUGUACCUGGACUGGCAGCCCCUCCGAAGCCUAACCAGACCGACCGCCUUGUCAGCUGUACAAAAUGUGGCCGAGUUAACAACCCAGAUGCCAGGUUCUGUGAUUGGUGUGGAGCCAAGCCCACACCGAUGUUGAAAAACUUGAAAUGCAGCAGUUGUAAGGGAGCAAAUCAGCCUUAUGCCAAGUUUUGUAGUUCCUGCAGUAAACAGCUUGAUCCCCCCAGGCGUACUGAUUACAGAAAUACUGAUGUGUCCAUCAACUUCAUUGAUGGGGGUACUGGCAAAGCCACUCACUCGAUGCAGCCACAGUGGUCUCCAGUGGCAUUCCCCCUUCCAAAUGAGAUUAAGAAGCCCUCCGCAGAUAUCGCAACCCAAACAGUUGGUCUGUUCUACCCAUCUGAGAAAGACCUGCUCAAGAAACAGAAAGACGAAGAUGAUAAGACGACAUAUGAGAAGAGCCUUAAGGAUAGGCGGCCAUUGAUGACUGCUGUUAGUCCUGGCAGAGGUUUCUGGCGGAAGCAGAUGGACCAUGUUUGUGCACACUUGAGAGCACACGCCCAGAAUGAUGCAGAGUUCCGUGCCCUCAUUGGUGAACCUCGUCUUGGCAAGUUGAUAAGUUCUAAGGUUGAAGAGGAUGGCUAUGAGCUCUGUCUGACCAUCAACUUUGCCUUGAGAGGUAACAAGGAUCCAUUCACUGGGAAAUCACUUGGUCUUGGGAAAGGAGACUUCCUGAGUACACUUACUGAAGGCAGAAGAGGAAGCAUGGACAGCUACAGGAGUGAAAACUCCAUAUAUAGCAACGGGGCCAGUACUGGUAAGAGAAAAACAAAGAAGAAAUCACCUAAGAAACCUGUGAAAGUUGACAAACUUAGUCAAGAAGACCGCGACCUUCUGAAAGAACUUGGCAAGAAUGGAGAAGGACGUGUAACAGAAAUUGAAGAACUCAUUGAAUCGGGUGCCAAUACCAACUCUACCAAUAAAGAUGGCCUGCCUGUUUUACAUGUUGCUACUAUCAAUAGACAUGUUGAUGCCAUUCCAGUCCUUGUGCAGGAAGGGGCUGAUGUCAACAAGAAAGGCCCGAUUAAGGGCAACAGUGCUCUGCAUGAAGCAGUCAACCUUGGUUCUAGUUGGAGUGAGGUUAUCGAUGCAUUACUCGGUUGUGGUGCUAAAGCUACACAAAAGAACGACAAAGGAGAAACUCCUUAUGAAUUGGCUGUCAAACUCAACCAUGAUACACUGGUGAAGAAAUUAGCCUCAAAUAAAGGACAGAGCCAGUUGGAUAAGAUGCUGAGAUCCAAGACUUCAUCUUCUGUGGACAUGAUGUGAUAGAAUAGAAGCUAAACUCUGUAUCUUAAUAUUGGUAAAGGUUUUCGUGUCGUGGGGAAAAGAGACAGAUUUAGAUCAUGCCAUUAAAAAUAUAAUCGGCAAUAAAUGCAUAGAGCUCCUGAAUCAGCUUUAGGUGGGAACCUACCCUUUACCCCAAAAAUUGUAUUUUUGACCCAAAUAAAAAAUCCUUUGAUAUGGUGAGUACCUGGGUUAACUCUUUCACAUUUGAACUUGAAGCCUGUUUUUCUGAUUCAUGGUGACAAUUUACACGUUCUGAACUCUCUUGGAAAAGCAUUUGUCUGAAUACCCUUUGGACAUCAUACAGUUAAUUUCAAAGCAAAAAUCAUGUAGCUAGGUUUGUAAAUUAUUGAAUUUUAGUUCUGUUCUAUGUAAUCUUUUGUAUAUUGUUUCUAACAAAGGUUGUAUGAUCUCUUUUUUAAAAUACUUGUGCAUUGUAUGUAGUUGUAAUGAACUUACAUGUAAGUUUUGUAUAAAAGGUAUUAUGUAGAUUCAACAGCUAUGUCUUAUGUGGCCAAACUUAAAGGGCUUAUAGAGCAUUGCGUAUAAAGUGCUUCAUGGAGUCUAUUCAUGUAGUGAAAUCUGAAUUUUCCUAAGACCAAGUAUAAGAUAUGGAUUUCAUAUGACUUUAAGGUGAUAUAACUUUAAAGCAUUGUAAGUCUACACCAUAAUUUUGAUUCACUGUACCAGCUGCCAAAAUAUUAGCUUACUUGAUGUUGGUAAAAUGAUAUGUAGAGUAGGAAUAGGAUAAGAUUGAUGCACAGCUCCUCUGUCUGAAUUUAGAGCUCAACUUUUAGUGCCUUCUGUGUGUAGCCAAGAUUUAUCUCCUAGAAAUUCUGAAAAAUAGAUUUGAUAGUAUUUCCCUAUUGCACACGGAUGCAUCUUAAGUCCAGUUCUGUCUCAAAAAUGUGUCUUAACGGUAGCUGUGGUGUGAUAAGUCUUUCUCAUCAAUACCUCCCCUGUCAGCUGAUAUUAAAAUUUGCCAUUUUCUACAUGUAUAAGGCCUAGACACAACUGUCACUGACAAUGAACAACAUGAGUCAAAAUGUAUUGAAACUCAUUUCUUACUUUACUUUUAUACUUAACUGCAACAUUAAGUGCGAGAAGUGCAAGAUUCAAAUCCAUUAUUUGACUGAUAAUCUUUUUGCUGUCCUCAGUAUUGUAUUUUUACUUGACUAGAUCAUCAAAUUCUACUGAAAAUAUGUAUAUUUUUAGCUGAACACUAAUAAAUUACUUACA